CCUGUAAACCUUUAGGUAGGAUGUGUUCUUCGGGUGUUUCUGCAACAAAACAUCAGUUCAUUCUGUGUCAUCCACUCUUUUCAUUUCCCCUAACGUUCUGUCAUUUUUUCAGCACAAAUCAGCAUGUUGGACAAUCAGUGUGGUUCACCAACGUGUUUCCUGUUGCUUCAACAGCUCACAUGCACGCACACUCACACCCAAAGUAAAUGUCUGAGUGACAGGAAAGCUGCUGUGAGGUGAGAUUAGAAAUGAAUAUUCUGCACACACCCAUGUCGACUGCAAGCAGUUUCCUUCAUUGAGCAUCGCUCCUUGACUGACACAUGACUCAACUCAGCAGCUGAGUCUGCACAUGUGAGACUUGAUGGAAAAUGUGGCUUCUCAGGGUCUGUGCCGUGAUAUAUUUGACUGCAGCCUGUGCAGCUCAAGAUGACGCCACCCAGACUUUAGAGGACCUCGUAACAACACCUCGGCCAACUACAGUCAUAGCACCACCAGUACCAACUCUGGAGCAGGUGACGCCCUGGGAAGACGUGUUCACAUCUGAAAAGGUGGAGUUCAGGUGUGAGGUGAAUUCACCUGACGUGACAGCUACUUGGCACAAGGAUGGCGCUGCUCUGGGUAAAGAGGGAUCACUGCUCAGCAUCUCAUCAGUUACUGAAGCUGAUCAAGGCCUGUAUACCUGCAAAGCUCAGCUUAAAUCCAAACAUGUCUCCUCUGGGCCCAGCACUGGAGUCAAUCUGAAAGUUCAUGCAAACAAGCCGAUGCCCGCGGUGACCCGAAGUUCAAACUUGGGCCCGAUGUACCCUGGAGAAAGUAUCACCUUCACAUGUAGCGUGGACGUGUCAUCUGGAUGGGAAUAUGUGUGGUACCAUGACGGAGAAGAAAUUCAUUCAUCCAUCAAAACCACUUAUAAUAUCUCUGCUAUAGCUCAAUCUAGCAAAGGAGAUUACUAUUGCAAAGCCAAGAGAAUGGGCAAAGAGCUGUUCUACACUGAUGCAAGUAAAACAAUAUCCCUGCAGGUCUCUGACCCACCUACACCAGAAAUGACACAACUGACACCCUGGUCAGAUGUGUUUGAAAGUGAAACACUGGAGUUCAGCUGUGAUGGGGUAGCCUCUGGCUGGACCGUCACCUGGUUCAGGGACCAAAAACAACUGGCUAAAGAGGGAUCACCAUUCAGCAUCCCAUCAGUUACUGGUGCUGAUGAAGGGAUGUACGCCUGCAAAGCUCAGAUUAAAUCUAGAGGACUCAUCUCUGCUGAAAGCAACACAAAUCUUAUAAAAGUUUAUGCAAACAAGCCGAUGCCCGCUGUGACCCAAAGUUCAAACUUUGAACCGAUGUACCCUGGAGAAAAUAUCACCUUCACAUGUAGCGUGGACAAGUCGUCUGGAUGGGAAUAUGUGUGGUACCAUGACGGAGAAGAAAUUCAGUCAUCCAGCAGAAACACUUACAUUAUAUCAGCUAUAGCUCAAUCUAGCAAAGGAGAUUAUCAUUGCAAAGCCAAGAGAAUGGGCAAAGAGCUAUUCUACACUGAUGCAAGUAAAACAAUAUCCCUGCAGGUCUCUGACCCACCAACACCUCAUAUGACACGGCUGACACCCUGGUCAGACGUGUUUGAAACUGAAACACUGGAGUUCAGCUGUGAUGGGGUAGCCUCUGGCUGGACCGUCACCUGGUUCAGGGACCAAAAACAGCUGACUAAAGAGGGAUCACCAUUCAGCAUCCCAUCAGUUACUGGAGCUGAUGAAGGGAUGUACGCCUGCAAAGCUCAGAUUAAAUCUAGAGGACUCGUUUCUGCUGAAAGCAACACAAAUCACAUACAAGUUUAUGCAAACAAGCCAAAAUCCAAGUUGACUCGAGGUUCAAACUUUGACCCGAUGUACCCUGGAGAAAGGAUCACCUUCACAUGCAGUGUGAACGUAUCCUCCGGAUGGGAAUAUGUGUGGUACCAUGAAGGAGCAGAAAUUCAUUCAUCCAGCAGGAACACUUAUAAUACAUCUGCCAUAGAUCAUUAUAGCAGAGGAGAUUAUUACUGCAAAGCCAAGAGAAUGGGCAAACAAUUGUUCACCACAACUCAGAGCGAUGCCACGACCAUUCACGUCUCUGACCUGCCUAUACCAACCCUCAAGCUGCUGAGUCCCUGGUCAGAAGUGUUUAAAAAUGAAGACCUGGGGUUUAGCUGUGAAGUGAGCAGCCCUGAGUGGACGUUUACCUGGUUUAGAGAUCAAACAACUCUCCAAAAUGACUCACAGGUUAUUGUAAACAGCAAAGGAUCAUUGCUGAACAUCACUUCUGUCACUCAAAGCCACCAUGGACGAUAUACCUGCAGAGCUGAGCUUAAGUCCAGAGGAGUCAUCUCUGGAUUGAGCAACACAACUGAUAUAACAGUUCAUGCAAACAUGCCGACUCCAAAACUGAGAAGGAAUCUUGAUUUUGUCCCAAUGUAUGUUGGAGAAACAAUGACCUUCACUUGCAGCGUUGAUGUUUCCUCCGACUGGAGUUAUCAGUGGUACAAAGAUAACAAUGAGCUUCUUCUGUCUGGUGCAUCAUCCAGCUUCACACUGGCUGCCUCUGAUAAAGGCAGCUAUUCAUGCAAAGCCAGCAGAGGUCAGAAAACAUCAACGGUACAAAGUAAUAAAAUACAACUGGAUGUUAAAGAAAUUCCUGUUCCGGUGCUGCAUAACGCCACCCAGUGGUUGGACGUGUUUCCCAAGGAGAGAGUGGAACUGAGCUGUGGGAUGACGGGAAGCUCUGGGUGGAUAUUUACAUGGUUCAGAAAUAAAAACCUGAUCAAGGCCAACAGCAGUGUCCUCAUUGAAAAUGAUGGAACUAAACUUUCUAUAACUGCUGCUUCAACAUCACACCGUGGAAACUACAGCUGCUCUGGGGCCCUGAAGGGCAGGUCUGUCAACAGCAAGCUCAGCAAAGAAGUCAUGCUUGAUAUCUAUGAUACCAAACCCAGAGUCACACUGGUGCAGAAUCCUGACGACAGUUUGAUGCACACCGCCGAUUCUGUCUCCUUUCACUGUCACAUCAAUGUCUCAUCUGGAUGGAGUUACCUGUGGUACAAAAAUGACUCCCCUUUUAAAGCUGGACACCAUUACAACAUUAGUUCUGCUGGACUAGCGGACACUGGAUCAUAUAAAUGCCAGGUCAAGAGGGGAGCAAGCUUCCAAUCAGACAAGAGUGAAGCUGCAAAACUUACAAUAGAAGAGCGCCCAGAGGCAGCUAUUAUUCUCCUCACUCGCUGGGCAGAUGUCUUCUCCACUGACAGCUUGCUGCUGAAGUGUAACGUGAAGGACAGCGCACUCAGUUGGAACUACACGUGGUUCAAGGAGAACGAGCAAGUGGACCUGCCACUCUCAGAGGAGCACAAGGUCACGCCCCAGGAUGACCCGGACCAGAGCCGCUAUACCUGCAAGGGAACCCGCAACGAGAGGCCAUUUUACUCAGUGACCAGUGACUCUUACAGAACCAAGAACCUGCUUUUAAAAAGAAGAAUCCUUCUCGCCAUCUCAGGCUGCAUCUUCUUUGGGAUCAUCGCCGUCUUCAUUGGAUGCAUUGCUCUCCGAAUCUUCCGCAAACCAGCUUCUGAUUUUGAGAAGACAGAAGAUGACAACCUGUUCAUCAGGGCUCAGGUGAAGGACUUUACUGAUUCACCCUGUCCACUGGUUGAGUAUAUAAAAGAUGCAGAUCUGAAUCCAUCACCUAAAGAAGGUGAGGAGAAUGAUGCCAUCUCCAGUGAAACAACUCUGAUGCCUAAACCCUCAACAGAAGACCAAGCUGUGACCACCAACAGCCAUGAAUCAACAGAAAAUGGUGGUGGGAUGAUGUCCUUUCAGCACUGAAGAUGAUUCAACAUUUUAUUUGCUUGAAAGUUAAAAAAAAGCUAACUUUUAGAAUUGUCUCUUAACUUAUCUGGUGCAGAUCUGAAUUUGAUUUUCUGUCACAACAAUGUCUCUUGAAGGCCACUCAAAAACUUUGGUUCAAAACUGCUUUUGUCACUUAAGAAAUAUCUCCAAACUGCAAAGGUUGGUGUCAAAACAUGGACUUGAAAUGGUUAUCCAUGCCUUUAUCUCCUCCCGUCUAAAUUACUGUAACACACUCUUCACAUGUUUUAACAAAAAAUACCUUGACCGCCUUCAGUUGGUCCAGAACUCUGCAGCGAGGCUCCUAACUGGAGCAAACAGAAGAGCACACAUCACUCCUGUUCUGAUGUCUCUGCACUGGUUACCCGU